CUUCUGCAACGUCGUCAGCGGGGUGGUGCUCGAUUGGGGAAGACGGAGCUCCGUUCCAGCAUCCCACUUUCAGCCUCGCAUACCUUACCUUAGCCGUUGUGUUGUGAGACAUCUGGCAAAUACGCCCCAAUACGCUCUCGCUUGUCUUUGCUCGUCCUUUUCUUUUCUUCUAUUUGUCUUGUUGCCGGCAGCUGGACUGUACAGUACACCCCGCGCGCACGCCUGUGUCCACUGCACUGUUCCAAUCUUGCUUAUUUCUCUAUUCCGGUCCCGUCAACCGGUCCUCCCGCCAUGGCCAACGACUCUUCGGCGGUCCGACGCAGAACGCCAGAAGAGACUGCGCUGUCCAAGGUGCCCGACGCUGCCGGACCUGUCGAGCCGGAGGACGAGAAGACAACAGCGUCGAAAGCAGCCAUAAAGAAGAGCAAGCCUCGGCGUCCCAAGGCCAAGAUCGAAGACGAAGACGACUACACCCCCUGGCUCGACGUGCUGCGCGUCAUUACCUUUUUGUUCUUUGCCUCGUGCGGCUUGAGCUAUUUGAUCUCGAGCGGCGAGACCUUUUUCUGGGGCAUGAAAGAGUCGCCCAAUUAUAUGAAGCUGGACUGGUGGAAGAGCAAAUUGCGCGGCCCACUGUACCUGACGCCGGCCGAGCUGGCGGCGUUCGACGGUAGCGACCCGAGCAAACCCAUCUACCUGGCCAUCAACGGGACCAUCUACGACGUGUCGGCAAACGCGCGCACGUACGGGCCGGGGGGCUCGUACCAGUACUUUGCGGGGUGCGACGCUAGUCGGGCGUACGUGACGGGGUGCUUCGCCGAGGACCGCACGCCGGACAUGCGCGGCGUCGAGGACAUGUACCUGCCGCUCGACGACCCGGCCGUCGACCGGCACUGGACGAAAGCGCAGCUCAACGAGCUGCGCGCCGCCGAGCGCGAAGAGGCCCUGCGCCGCGUCUACGAGGGCCUGCUGCACUGGGUCAACUUCUUCGCCAACAACAAGAAGUACCCCUUUGUCGGCUACGUCCGCCGCCCCGACGGCUGGCCCGGCACCGAGCCCGUGCGCCGCCUGUGCGACGUCGCCGCGAGCCAGCGGAAGCCGCGCGAGAUUCCUAGAAAGGAGACGGAAGGUGCAUGAUUGUGCGUAAAUAGACGAAUCUGGUAGCAGGAGAUGGGUUAUUGGGGGUUUUUUUUUCAUGUGAAUAAAAGUUGGAAGUAUUGCGCUGGCUAUUUGCGGUCCCGUAGUUGCUCUUUCGAUUAGACUAGGACACUUGUCGAAGCACAUAUUAUAGGUGUAUGGCUCUGUUGGAGCAUUGUCGUUCAA